UUCAGGCUCGGGUCUAUCUUGGGUUAGUUGUAAAGAUCUUUGACCGCAUUUUAUGGUGCUAGUACGUUUAGGUUACUUGGUAUCAGUAGCUUCAUUAGGCCUAAAUAACUCGCGAUAGGCUACGACGACCAAGAAUGAACAGGAAUUGUCUCUGACAUCUGACGAGGCCUGAGCUGGCUCUCAUCACUGAACUGUUGGCGCUACUGGGCAGAAUCUCCAGCCAUAACUUUGGAUAUCGUUAGCAGAUAGCUAGAAGACAUCGAAUUCAACCUUUCCAAGUUCGACAUUGUUGAUUUGAUGCCCCCGUCGUUCUGACAGACAGAGCCGCCAAUAUGAUGCCGAUGAUCCUGACAGUGUACCUAAGUGAUGGGGAACAGGCACUGACCGAGGUGCCCAUCACCCCUGAGACAUCGUGCCGCGACGUGGUCGAGUUCUGCAAGGAGCCUGGCGAGAGCGGCUGCCACCUUGCCGAAGUGUGGCGAGGCAACGAACGAGCAAUCCCCUUUGAGCACAUGAUGUUCGAGCACCUGCAGAAGUGGGGACCCCGAAAACAAGAGGUCAAGUUCUUUCUCCGGCACGAGGACUCGCCCACCGAAAGCAGUGAUCAAGGGAGCCAGCAAUCUCAAGAGCAGGCCAACCGUAGAAGUGGAGAAAAGCACAAUGAGAAUGGGGUGGGGAACCCCCGCGUGGAGCUCACGCUCGCGGAGCUGCAGGAGAUGGCCACACGGCAACAGCAGCAGAUCGAGGCCCAGCAACAGAUGCUUGUUGCCAAGGAGCAGCGUCUGCGCUACCUGAAGCAGCAGGAGCGGCGGCAGCAGCAGUCGGUGUCUGAGAGCGAGAAGCUGCAGAGGCUCAAGGAGCGCGUGGAGAGCCAGGAGGCCAAGCUUAAGAAGAUCCGCGCCAUGAGGGGCCAGGUGGACUACAGCAAAGUCAUCAACGGCAACCUGUCGGCAGAGAUUGAGCAGGUGAGUGGGCUGUUCCAGGAAAAGCAGGUGGAGCUGCAGUCAGCUGUGUUGCGGGUGGAGCAGCUGAGUCUGCAGCUAGAGGACCUGCGGCGGGGAAAGCUCAACGGCCUGCAGUCCACGCUGGGAGGACAGGUCACCAGCACUGCAGCCCUGGAGCUGCGCAAACUCUACCAGGAGCUGCAGAUCCGGAAUAAGCUGAACCAGGAUCAGAACAGCAAGCUGCAGCAGCAAAAGGAUCUGCUCAACAAACGCAACAUGGAGGUGACCCUCAUGGACAAGCGCAUCGGCGAGCUGCGGGAGCGCCUCUAUAAGAAAAAAGCUGAGGCACGUCAAAAAGAGAACUUACCUCUAAACAAGACCAACGGGCCUCCUUCUCCGCAGCCGGCCCCAGGGACUCUGGGCCGGGUGGCAGCCGUGGGCCCCUACAUUCAGGUCCCUCUGCCGGGUAGACAAGAGGGAGGCUACACUGGACCCCCCGAACCUAUGAAACCCCAGACGCUGGGUGUCAACGCCCCAGCCAAUCAUGCCCGCUCCAAAUCAGCUAGUGAUGCUGGCUGGCCCACCCUUGGCAAGGGCAAUGCCUCUCUCAAGCCCCCCGACUGGCCAGAGUCUGGGCCGGACACACAUGGAAAGAUUCCCCCUCCGGGCUCCCCUGCUGCUACCACAGUAGACAAGGUGCUGGACUCCAACAAGAUGACUAUCUCCUCCCCGGUGGCCCCUUCCAAGCCCCAGCCCCCUCCCUACGGCUCCCAUCUAACUUCUGCCGGCUCCACCAGUUCUCUGGACCGCCGGCCAGGCCAGCUCCCCAACCCCCCCGGCCCUGUCUGGCCCCGUGUUCCCCCCUCCACCGGCUCCUCCUCCCAGCAGAUCCAGCAGCGCAUAUCGGUGCCCCGCCCGACCUUCCAGCCCAACUCACCUCUCUUCCCACCUGGUCUUCCCGGGGAUCGGCCUGACCCUAUCCUGGCCGUUGCGGUGCGCCCCUUCGUCCCAGACAGAGGCUCCCGGCCCCAGUCGCCACGCAAGGGCCCGGCCACCAUGAACUCCAGCUCCAUCUACCACAUGUACCUCCAGCAGGCGGCGCCCAAGAGCUACCCGCUCAAGCCUGCGCUCAAAGCAGUGUACGGGAAGCCCGUUCUCCCCUCCGGCUCCACGCCGCCCUCCCCCUUGCCCUUUAUGCUGACAGGGGGGCCCUUCCCCGGGCUCCAGGGGCCGGCCGGUGAGGACACUGGGGACAGAGAGGGCCCUGACAUAGACGGGGCCCCUGAUACCCCCACCAAUGUGGAGAAUAUCCCGCGACCCCUCAGCCCCACCAAGCUCACCCCCAUGGCCCACUCACCCCUUCGCUACCAAAGCGACGCCGACCUGGAAAUGCUUCGCAAGAAGCUGGCGAACGCCCCGCGGCCCCUCAAGAAGCGAAGCUCCAUCACUGAGCCAGAGGGCCCGGCCGGGCCCAACAUCCAGAAGCUGCUCUACCAGCGCUUCAAUACCCUGGCUGGCGGCAUGGAGGGUGGUGGCGCUGGAGCAGGGGGAGUCAGGGCGGGCGGCACGCCAUUUUACCAGCCCGCCAACCCACCCGACUACCCUGGUGACUCGUUGGCAGACGCCGACAACGGGAACCCGCCAUGUGAGGACUCACUCCCUCCCCCACCACCAGCCGUGGCAGAGGGGUCGUCCUCAGAGCUCCUGCCGCCGCCUGACGCAAAUGACAACAAGCUGCUGCCCCCACCACCGGCCCCCGAGGUGAUCAGCCCCCCUGCCCCGGAGGCCUCGGAGGAUACCAACAACAAUAACCUAGGGGGAGUCUCGGUGGCCACCCUGCCGAGCCCUGUGCCUGAGGUCAGCUCUCCAGAGGAGGUUGCCACCACCCCCUCACAACAAGUGGAGAAGCGAACUAACCUGAAGAAGCCCAACUCGGAGCGGACGGGUCACGGCCUGAGGGUGAAGUUCAACCCCCUGGCGUUGCUGCUGGAUGCCUCACUGGAGGGAGAGUUUGACCUGGUGCAGAGGAUUAUCUACGAGGUGAAGAACCCCAGCACGGCCAACGACGAGGGCAUAACCCCGCUACACAACGCAGUGUGCGCCGGACACCACCACAUUGUCAAGUUCCUGCUCGACUUCGGAGUAAACGUCAACGCUGCCGACAGCGACGGCUGGACACCCCUGCACUGUGCAGCCUCCUGUAACAGCGUUCACCUGUGCAAGUUGCUGGUGGAGUCAGGGGCGGCUAUCUUCGCCAGCACCAUCAGCGACGUGGAGACGGCGGCAGACAAGUGUGAAGAGAUGGAGGAGGGCUACAUCCAGUGCUCUCAGUUUCUGUACGGUGUCCAGGAAAAGCUGGGCGUGAUGAACAAGGGGGCGGUGUAUGCGCUGUGGGAGUACGAGGCCCAGAGCCCAGAUGAGCUUUCUUUUGGCGAGGGCGACGCCAUUACCAUCCUGCGGCGGCAAGACGACAGUGAGACCGAGUGGUGGUGGGGCCGCCUGGACCACAGGGAGGGUUAUGUACCCCGCAACCUGCUGGGGCUCUACCCCAGGAUAAAACCUCGUCAGCGCUCCCUGGCUUAGCCCCUCUGCCUCUUCCUUGGGUGAAAAACUGGACUACAGGCAGGCGUGGCCGAAGACUGGCGGAGUGGGGAGGCCUGGUGCUCCCCUACUGCCACAGUUUCCCCCUCCUCCCUGUAACCCUUGCUAUGGGACACCGGACAGUGUUCAACACUGACACACACACACGCAGACCCCAGAAAAGACAGGAUCCCUCUGCUACCCCUUAUCGGUCGACCAAACCCCACUCUGCUCUCUCACUAUCUCCUUUCAUCUUUAUUUAAAUCAGUGUGUGUGUGUGUGUGUGUGUGUGUGUGUGUGUGAGAGAAAAGCUGGCGCACAAGGCUCAGUGGAGAAUCAAGCACUAACCAGUAGUGGUUUUUUUUUUGGACACCGCUCAGUUAUACUGUGGACAGGACAUUCACCCCUAGUGCUUACCUCUGACGGUUGAUGAUGAUGUGUGUGUGUUUGGAGAGGGUAAUGUGUGCGUGUGUGUGUGUGUGUGUGAAUAGUUUAGAGGGCCUUGUGUGUUUGGAAAGUGUGUGGGUUUAAGGACUAGAGAGAGGGGGCUUGUAUGUGUACAAUAGGUGUGUGUAACAUGUGGAUGGUGUAUGUGUACCAGUGUUAAUUUAGUCAAUAACUAUGACAAAAUAAUAGUCAAGCUAUUUUUCCUGACGAAAACUAAUGAUGAUAGCGAGAUGCCAUGAAAAAAACAAUAACUAACAAUUUAGUUUUCUUUUUAGUUGACGAAAAUGUGACUAAUGAACGUGUGACUAAUGAACAUACAAUUUGACAUGAAGCUCCCUUUAGUCUGUUUUGUCCAAUCAUAAGCAUGCAUGCCUUUGCAGAAUAUUGAAUGCAAUCCUCUCAUUGGCUGAAUUAACGUCUUUCAGUUGCAGGGUCUGAUUGAGCUGAUCUGCCCGGUUCUCCCUCACAGCUCCCGGCGGUCACUUCAUUCACUUGUGUAUUAUUUGAACUGAUGCUUCAAUUCAGGACACUUCAAUUGUAACUAACCUAAACUAGAAACAAUGUAGGCUAUUUUUGCCUUGAUCAGAAACGAUUUUCCCAUGUGUGCUACUAUUCAUCUGUGUUGCUGCUCUUGCGGCCCACUAAUACGAGUGCUGUUUUUUAAAUUGAAAAUAUGAAUGCCAUUUGCUUAAUAUUAGGAGAACAGUAAUAUUUCUGGCAUUGUUGGAAAUCUCAGAUUCUCCCCCUUCAAGGGAGUCAAUGUUAUUUAUCCCCAUCCCAAGUUUAUGAUGGGAGAAAGAGCUGAAUGCCUUAAUUGUUUCAUCUGUAGCCAAGGCUUUAUAGCCUGUAUGGUAAAUCAUGGCUGGAUUUGGUUACAAUCUGCCAGCUAUAUGAGGUGAUAGCCUUGUCCAACUAGGCCUACUACCUGAGUGUGCACAUGAUGACUGAAAGGUUAUGUAUGAUGAGUUUAACAGGUCAAGAAUUUGUGUUUGCUGUGAAGAGGGGUGACAGUUUCAGGUCUGUACAAUGGUGUGCCAGAUAUUCUGAAUGUUAUGUACAAUCAUAACAGGGAUUUUGAAUUUCCCUCUCGAUAUGAACAAAUAGUACCUAUAUCAAUUCUGUAGGUCGCUUGCUAUGUAGCUUCCAAAUAAGCUGGAAUUUUAACUGUCCUAAUUUACCUUUCCAUCAUAGCUUCUUUCCCUUCUCAAAUGAUAGGGAUUAUUUAGGGAUUUGACACUGCCCUUCCGCAUGACAAAACAAAAAGGCCUUAUUUUAUUUAAUUUAUAGAAAAUAACCUAUUUCUCAACAUAUAUUCCUGGAUUUUAGUCCCAGGUAAAGCACUCUUCGUUAGUAAAGUGUAUUGGAUUAUUGAAAUUUCCCAAACAAGAUUUUUUUAAAUUUAAAAAAAUAUCUUCUCACGGAAUGAAGCACUCAUCCCCUAAUUUUCUUGCGCCGUCAGGGCCAUGCUAUCAUAACACCCUUUUUAACUAUUUACAAUUUGUCACGUUAUCAGCAAAAACACACUUUAUUUUACAAAAACUUUUAAAGCUUCACUCAACUUGUCAGCUCCUCCAAAGAUAUGUGUCCAACCGUUGCCAAUAUAGAUUGAGAUUUGAGAUAGAAAGUGGCGUAUGUGAUGAACAGGGAUGCAGUGUCCUAUGAGUUUGCUUUCGUGCAGUGAAGGAACUCUCCUUUGGGCAAGUGUGUGUGUGUGUGUGUGUGUGAGAGAGAGAGACGUCAGGCCUCACCCACCAUAGAGCCAUGAUCAGGGGGGUCCUCACCACUUCACUUCAGGCGCGUGUGAAAGUGUUAUAAUUGAGCACUUGAUCAAACCCACGCUCUUACAAAUCCGAUGGGUGUGGCCAUUCAAGCAGAAUGACAUUUACAUAACACUAAGGUAUUCUUUUGUUGUAUUACCCCUACUUUCCCUGCCUGACCUUGUUUCCAGUUCUGUGAGAUGAGAUUUGUACCUUGCCCGGCAAGGCCGGAAAAGAGCUUUACCCUAAUAAUCUCUGUAAAUACUGAGAUGAGUAUGUUUGACUGUCUGCUGUAUGAAGACUCAUUGACUCGUGGGGGUUCUGUAAGCGUUAAGGAUGCAGUUCUUACACAUCCUGUUCUGUAAAUGUGCACAAUAAAAACAAUUCCCCGCAUGACAAA